AUGCGCCGCGCACAGACAGUCAGACAUUAUGGAAGGCCCUCGCUUGCCCUGGGCACAGAUGAUCUAGGGAUGCUGAAAGAGAGCCCGGACGAAUCAAGCGAAGAUGUAUUGCGGCGCCAGUUGAUUGAGAAGGACAGAGAAUGCGACAAGUUACAAGCGCAGAUACAGACGCUGCAAGCGCAGCUUGCACAACGACCCCCUUUGGAGGCGGUCCAAGCAUUGCAGAAGGAGUACACGAACCUUGACAUAUUGCUGCAGGGAACUCAAAGGGAGAAUGAGCGGUGUAUGGCUGAAUUGGAACGAGGGAAGGCUAGAGAGAAGAUGUUAGAGCGUGAACUUGAAAAGCUUGCAGGAGCUAAUUGGCAGGCCAACCUCAACAUUUCUGCUGCACCUGCACCCGUUGCUGCCAUGCGGGCGGCAAAUGUUCUGAAUCCUCACAGGUUAGACGCUGGUUCAGCACCGGGAGGCGGAUCAGCGGCUAGCACAGAAGCCACGGCAGCGCACGUCGAACAAGUCCGCCUCCUGAUUCUCGGGAUGGAGCAGCGGCUCCAGUCGCGCGAAGAGAAGCUACUCAAGACUAUCGAGCGGGCGGAAACGGAAGGCGAUCGCUUCGAGGAACGGAGGAAACAAGUGCUCUCGGCAGUAGCUUGA